UUAAUAUAUAGAGCCCACACGUGCUGAAGAGGCGGGAAAACUACAUCGCCGGCGUCCCCUGAGAGACCAGUCACACAUUCGCUCGCUAAUUCGCGGUUUUCUCUGUCAUAUCGCCAUGGGUAUCAAGGGUUUAACGAAGCUUUUAGCCGACAAUGCGCCUAAUGCCAUGAAAGAGCAGAAAUUCGAGAGCUACUUCGGUCGGAAAAUCGCCGUUGAUGCUAGCAUGAGCAUUUACCAGUUCCUUAUUGUGGUGGGGAGAACUGGGACUGAAAUGCUCACGAAUGAAGCUGGUGAAGUCACUAGCCAUUUACAAGGGAUGUUUAAUCGAACGAUUCGUCUUCUCGAAGCUGGAAUUAAGCCUGUCUAUGUUUUCGAUGGGAAGCCCCCGGAGCUAAAGAGACAAGAACUAGCAAAACGUUACUCCAAGAGAGCUGAUGCAACUGCUGAUCUGACUGGUGCAAUUGAGGCAGGAAACAAGGAGGACAUUGAGAAGUACAGCAAACGAACUGUGAAGGUGACAAAACAGCACAAUGACGACUGCAAAAGGCUCUUAAGACUCAUGGGGGUGCCUGUUGUUGAGGCCACUUCUGAAGCAGAAGCGCAAUGUGCUGCACUUUGCAAAGCAGGAAAGGUGUAUGGUGUGGCUUCUGAAGAUAUGGAUUCCUUAACUUUUGGAGCUCCUAAGUUUCUUCGCCACCUGAUGGAUCCAAGCUCCAGAAAGAUCCCUGUCAUGGAAUUUGACGUUGCUAAGAUAUUAGAAGAGCUUCAACUUACAAUGGAUCAGUUCAUCGACUUGUGCAUUUUGUCGGGAUGUGACUAUUGUGACAGCAUCCGAGGUAUCGGUGGGCAGACUGCCCUAAAGCUCAUUCGCCAGCAUGGAUCUAUUGAGACUAUACUCGAAAAUAUAAACAAAGAAAGGUAUCAAAUACCUGAGGAAUGGCCGUACAAUGAAGCUCGGAAACUUUUUAAAGAACCUGAUGUCUUAACUGAUGAAGAGCAGCUUGAUAUCAAGUGGACCUCUCCAGACGAAGAGGGUAUAGUUCAGUUUUUGGUGAAUGAAAAUGGAUUCAACAUAGAUAGGGUGACCAAGGCUGUAGAGAAAAUCAAAUCUGCAAAGAACAAGUCAUCCCAAGGAAGGCUGGAGUCAUUUUUCAAGCCAGUUGCUACCUCAUCCGUGCCUGCUAAGAGAAAGGAACUCCCAGAGAGUAACGCCAAAGGAGCAGCAAGUAAGAAAACCAAGGGAGGUGGUGGGAGGAAGAAGAAGUAGAUCACAGUACCAACUGUUUCAAGGCUGUAUAAGUUAGUACGCUUUCUGCUGCGAAGAUCUGAGAAGAAGAUCAAUAAAGUGUGAUUUGGCUUUCCUAGGUCUAAGUAGUCUGUUUGCUUUUUGUUUUACCAUGAUAUAACCGUUUUAAUCUUUGCUUUCUCGGUGGUAGAAAACUAGUCAGGUUUUGGACUUAAUUUGCAUUUCUGUUAAGGUAUGAUCAUCAUGGUUUGUAUCUUGACAAAGGGAAGAAUUUGUGCUUGUGUAUUCGCUUGCUAAUUUGCAGAACUCGAUGUUAUUUAAUAGCAAGGCUCCAGUUCAAAUUACAUGUACGAUAUAACAAAGAUUCAUCACAUCAUAUAAAGCAAAACAAAUAGAUAUGAAACAAGAUAAUGUAAGAAACAAUAUUCUUGACUAAAGAUUGCAGUAGUAUUUUACAUGAUGGUGCAGCCGCUUCCGCUUUCGGUGGUGGUAACUGUUACGACGUCACAGGGGUAAGGCAUGAAAGGCCUGCUGCACCACUCGAGCAUGCACUCUGGAAUGGGCUCUUUUUUGGGCUCAGGAGGUUUUGGUGGCCCAACGCUGACUACUACUGGUUUCUGUUUGAUCUUCCUGAGCUGUGCCACAACGCAGAUCGGGUCCAUUGUGCCCACCACCGUAAGUAAGCUCUUCUCUUCAUCCAGCGCCACCGAAUUCACACCUUCUAGCUCUGCCACAGUCUGCAUGAUUGCGUUUUUGCAUUUCUGACAGUCGAUAUCCACUUAUGAACAUGUUUUUACCUUAACCGUCAUGAUGAUGGAGAUGAAUUGGGAAGAAUAUGGAUUGUGGAAUUUAGAAAUGAAUGGAGGAGAGGAAAAUCAGAAAGAUUUAAAGAGAGAGAGAGAGAGAUGGAUGGAGCAUUCGAGUUUUUGUCUCUUAUUGUACUCAUUUCUCAACAUCUUCGUUUAAUAUAAGAAUCGUCUUUUUUAGGACCGACUUGACUUCGAUUAAGUCUUUG